AUGACUCUUGAGUUUCAGAACCUACCGGAAGACCUACUCAGUGAGUAUAUGUUCAUUAUGAUACAAAUUAGCUAUCGCAGUCAUGCUUCUAAAAAGGCCGCGGAAUCAGUACUUACAGAGUGUGUGAUCUUUGGACAGAUAUGUAGUCCACAUAGUAACAAUUGUACGAACACUUUCGGCAGUUACAGUUGUAUCUGCGACGCUGGUUGGACGGGAAAAAACUGUGAAAAUGAUAUAGAUGAAUGUAAAUGUAGCCCGUGUAAUAAUGGAACAUGUAGUAAUACACCUGGUAGCUAUACAUGUAAUUGUAAUCAGGUGUAUACAGGUCAACACUGUGAAAAUGAUAUAGACGAAUGUAAAAGUAAUCCUUGUAAAAAUGGAACAUGUAGCAAUAUUAUCGGUAGUUAUAAAUGCAUUUGUUAUCAUGGGUAUACAGGAAGAAACUGUGAAAAUGAUAUAGAUGAAUGUAAAAGUAAUCCGUGCAAUAAUGGAACAUGUGGUAAUACACCCGGAAGCUAUAAAUGUAUUUGUAAUGGAGUGUAUGCAGGUCAACACUGUGAAACUGAUGUAGACGAAUGUAACAGUAAUCCUUGUGAAAAUGGAACAUGCAGCAAUGUUAUCGGUAGUUAUAUAUGUAACUGUCACCAAGGGUAUACGGGAGGAAACUGUGAAAAUGAUAUAGAUACAACAUAUGCAUCUAUAACCUCGACACUAACUGGCAGUGCAAAGCCUAACACAGCCACAUCGGCACUAAUAAACAGUGUAACUUCUGCAGCUACCACGGUAACACUAACAAGCAGUGUAGUACCUGAACCUACCAUGUCGACAGAAACAAACAGGAGGACAUCUUCACUCAUCGUCUGGACAGUGACAAACAGUACAAUAUUUGCACCUAUCACAUCAACAGUGAUAAGCAGUCUACAAUCUGCACCUGCCACCUUGGUGCUAACAAGCUGUGUGACACCUACAGUUGUCUCUUUUCCAGUAACAGUCAGUGCAAAGCAUACAGCUACCUCUUCGACAUUUACAGGCAGUGGAAUAUCUACAACUACAACAUCAACAGAGACAGUUAGACCAACAAUUACAGCGGCCACAUCGGCACAAAACAUUUGGCCAACACCUACAACAACCAUAUUAGCACAAACAAUCAAUGCAACACCUUCCGUUACCAUAUCGACAAUAACAAUCAGUGCAACACCUACAGCCGCUUUAUCGGUACAAACAAGCAGGGCAAUACCUUUAGCUGUCACAACAGCACAAACAAUCAGUUCAACACGUACGGCUGCCACACCGACUCUAACUUGCACUGCAACAUCUACAAUAACCAUGCCGACAUUAACAAGCAGUACAGUACCUGCAUCUACACUGCCAGCAUUAACAUACAGGGAAACAUCUGCAUCUACAGCAUCAAAACUACUAUCUAUUGCUAUUACACCAACUCAUUCAGCGGCCACAUCGACACGGAAAAUCAGACCAACACCUACAGCUGCCACACUGGCACAAACAAUAAGUGCAAAUCCUACAGCUACGACAUCCAUACAAAGAAUUAGUGCAACACCUACAGCGGCCAUAUCUUCGCAGACAAGCAGUCCAACACCUACAAUAACCACAUCGAAACUUACAAGCAGCACUAGGUCAACAGUCUCUACAGUGACUGACUUUGUAGUUCGACUUGCAGCUGCCUUUAGCCCCGGAUGCACGAGUUCAGGAUGGAAUGUUACACUGGACAUGGCAAUUCUGAAACAGCUUUACCCUGAUAUAACAUCCAACCAUAUAUACUUUGGUGAUAACUCGUGCCGAGGGAAACUGGUGGGAAACAAAUUGACAUUUCAGCAAGGAUUCAGGGACUGCCUUACUGCUGAACGGAUCUCGGGCGACACGAUAUUAUACGAAAAUAAAUUGUUCUACGCAAUUUACGACCCUAUACAUCCAUUCAUCAUCCGUCAACACAAAUGGACAUAUGGUGUUGAAUGUGACGUCAGCCGUAACGAAGCAACGUCCUCUCACGUGCAUCAUGACGUUGACGCUAUACAUUCUGCAGUAUCCAGUCAUUAUGGAAUAAACAUGACAUUUUUCAAAGACCCAGGCUUUAUGAAUGAACUUCCUGGAAAUCCUAUACAUACAAACGUCGGUGAUGAUGUCUACGUGAAAGUUUUCACGUCGGCAACAGACUGGAAUAUUAAAAUGAGGCUACAUACAUGUUACACCAAACCAACGGAGGUCGCAACAAAUAUGACAUAUUACAUCAUCGCUGAUGGGUGCGAAGUAGACAGUAAUACCCACAUCAUCUCCCAGUCUACACACGAGACGAGAUUCGUAUUCCAAGACUUUGAGUAUUCUACAAACGGCGAGGGUCUCAAUAUAUAUUGUAAUGCCAGGUUUUGUGAAACUAAAGAUUAAUCUCCGGGAUGUGCACAGUCUUGUAAAUCGUUUGGAACACAAGCUCUUGUUGGAAAAUAGACCACUAUUUUAUCUAGCAAUCGAGUUAUGUCAGUUUAUAUCAUCUCAUUCUAU